AAUCGACUCGCCCGUUUAGCUCUCAGAGUCCACCUCUCUCUCUCUCUCUCUCUCUCUCUCUCUCUCUCUCUCUCGUCGCCCGCUUGCGCGCAGCGGAUGAGAGAUUGCUUCGUCGCCGCAUCUGGUCGGGCACAGGAACGGAGGUGAGCAUGGCGAGCAUUGCGCGCGGCAGAUCGCGGCGGAGAGAGGGCGACGGUUCGUCGGAGCGGAAUGCCGCGCGCUCCACCGUCCCCAGCUCCGAUCACCAAGGAGUUGUGUCCUCGAUAAAACAAACAACUUAUCCAGGGAUACUAUCUGAUUCUGUGUUUGCUGUGGUAAACAGGCAAAGUAAAUCAAGAAAAGCCAGUGUUGUACCAAUGAAAAUGCUAAUAGACGAAGAAUUCUCAAAUGAUAUCAAUGCUAGGCACAUUUCACCAGGUGCUGUAGGGAGGCUAAUGGGCCUUGAUUCACUGCCUUCAUCUGGAACCCAUAAGCAGCAUAGAUGUACCCAAAGUCAUGCACCAAAGACUUCACCUGGUGGUUUUCAUGAUCGAAAUGGUUUACACGAAGGCAUUCCACACAGGAGAAGCGCUGACGAUAUCAUUGAUGUCUUCGAAGUUAUGGAGGCCACAAAAACAAAGAUGCACCGGAGCCCAAGAUCUAAAAAUGGAAAUACAAGUUCCAGAUUUGACAAGGUUGACGGUGCUGAUAUAGAUUACAUAAGGCAGAAAUUUAUAGAUGCCAAGCGUCUUUCUAAUGACGAAUCCCUUCAUAUGUCAGAAGAAUUUAAUGAGACACUUGAUGCAUUAGUAUCUAACAGGGAUGUUUUGUUGGAAUUUCUUCAAAAAUUUGAUCCUGUUGUCCGAAGGGACCCGCAUAGUCAUGGUUCUCGUUCUCCAUCAUCUACUGCAAACUGCAUCACGAUAUUGAAGCCAUCUCGAAGAAAUCAAGUUACUGGCACCAAGAGCAACUUUAAUGAGCAAAAGGAAGUGAAACAUUCUUUGAGGAAACAAUAUUCUAACAUGUCCUCUCAAUCCCUGAAAGAAGAGUCUGGUUCAUUGAGGCAGAAACUGUCAAGGUCCAGUCACCAGGAAAAUACUGGAAAACGAGGCUGUCCCACCCGGAUUGUUGUCUUGAAGCCAAGUCUUGACAAACCUCAUGAUGUUGAAGGAGCCCUUCCCCUGCAUCAUGAAAUCCCUCAUUCUGAUAAUAGGAGGCACAAAGAAUAUCAGGAUGUUGGUAGAUGGAGUCCAUAUACUGAAGAUUACAUGUGUCAGGUGCCCCUUGGAGAUUCGGAAACAUUAAGCCGUAUGGGGAAGGGAUCUAGAGAAAUUGCUAGGGAGAUCACCAAACAAAUGAGAGCUGCUAGGGGUGGAAGUAGGAAACAUACCAAAUCGGAGACCAUAACUCUUGCUUCAGAUGGAAGGUCACAGUUCCUGCCAUCUGUUAAUAAGCUCAAAACUCCAGAGGCAAUUCAUAGAUCUUCUGAGAUAUGUGAUGUUUGGGCUUCUUCCAGCUUCAACUCUUCACCAACAUAUUCAACUGAAACAUCAGUAAGCAAGGAAGCAAAGAAACACCUCUCUAACAGAUGGAAGAAGACCCAUCAGUGUCAGGAUCAAGUAACUGAUAGUGAUGGCUUCAGCACGCUCGGGGAUGUGCUUGCUCUCUCAGAUCAGGAUGCAUCAAAAGUUGCUACCCAUAAAAUCUCAUGCAGGAAAUGUCCCAAGGGAGAGGUCCAGAGUGAUAGAAUGCAAGGCUCAUGCGUCUAUCCUCUUGGCAUCAGCACCAAUGAUGGUUGGAGAGACAUGGCUACUAGUAAAUUGACAAGGUCCAAGUCUCUUCCACCAUCCUUCAUCCGUGGAGUUCAAAAAUCGAACAGUAGAAAAAGAGCGGGUAGUGUUAGAUAUAAUGAGUUUUCAAUGCUUAAAGAUGUUCUUAAGGUGGGACCCCACUAUUCUGAGUAUGCAUGUCGUGGCAGGCAAAGACAAUCUCUAGGUAGAGAUUCUACAAUACAUGGUGAUGAAUCUGAUCUGAUGUCCCCAGAUAAUGAGGAAAGAAUGGUAGUUGAACGUGAGAUACACGUAAAUUACGAGGAGCCAGUUAAUAGUACUGUCGUGCCACGGAGUACAUCUGAACAGUCACUACAUCCUGCAAAUCCUGACAAUGAACUAGAUGCAGUAGGUGUUCUGGGUGCCAGUUCUGCAAUCCCUGGCUGUAAUAAAGCACCUCUUUCUUCUACUGGACAGAACAAGCAAAUGCUUAAACAGACAGCAGCAGCAAUAGAUGACUGCCUUCUUGACCCUAAUCUCGAUGAUCUGGUGACUAAGGAUGAGCGGAUUGAAUACCAUCAUGCUGAUGAUUACCCAAUCGUUUAUGAUCCCCGAAUAGGAUCAGAUUCUCCUGUGGAGAUUGAUGAUCACCAAGGGGAUGACAAUCAAACCCUUUGUAUUCCACCUAAUGGAUCAGAAUCGCCAACGAGCUCCAACAAAGAUGACCAGCAAAGUCCAGUGUCAGUUCUUGAUUCUUCCAUGGAUGCCGAAGAUGUUUACUCAGGAGACUUUGAGAAAAUUAGCGCAGAUCUUCAAGAGCUCAGAAUGCAACUUCAGCUUCUCAAGAGGGAAACUACAGAUAGUGGAGAUGGCACUGAGCUUUUUAUAUUGAGUGAUGACAAGGCGGCAUGUCAGCCACUUCCUGAAAUAGAGGAAUCCCAGGCUUUUAGGGAUGAAGAAGAGAGGGAUUUCUCCUACGUGCUUGAUAUGCUUACUGGUUUGGGCAUUCAUACUGCCAACCAGGAUGAUCUGCUUGAAAACUGCUACUUACUGGAGUGUCCUGCAGGCCCUGAUUUAUAUGAUGAACUUGAAAACAAGUACGGCUUCCUCAUUUUAUGGCCACCAGCUGAGAGGAAGCUCUUGUUCGAUAUCACAAGUGUUGUUCUCCAGGAUAUAAUCACCUCUCUAAUGCAGAGUUGUUCAAAUGGAUUGUUGAGGAUAUGCUCGCCAAGAUGGGACCAGGAUGAGUUUGCUGAGAUGGUGUGGCAAAGGGUGGUCCAGCUACAGGAAGAGAUGGAGUUUAAUCAGGAAGGCCUGCUCUUGAGUGUAGAGUGGGCUGGUUCUGAAGAUGGUGCCUAUCUGGUAGGGAGUGAUAUUGGGAGUAUCUUGCAAGAAGAUCUCCUGGAGGAAAUCGUAGCUGACUUCCUGGGGGUGACUAAAUCUGCCAAGCUCUGUGGCUAGAAAUGGCCAAUAUUUUCCACCAAUAGUCAUUGUAUGCAUAUGCAUAUGGAUCGGUGGUGGCCGGUGAAAAUCCAAUGAAAAGGAGCCCUUGAUGAUUCGAUGAAUCGCUGGAGAGGCCUAGAAUUCCUGGAAUUCACCCCAUGGCUACUGAAAUGCAUGGGCUAAGAUGGCUUUAGGUAGAUAUUGGAGCAUCAAACAAGCGGGGUCCUCAGUUGGACCUGGUUGUAUCAUGUAUAUACCAUUUGCUCCCAACUCAAUAACGUAGUCCAGGAGCCUUUCCCUGCAAACUCCCAAAGGUGGAAUUUUUUCUUGUCCUUUUUUUGGUGGCAUAAUGGUGGAAUAGAAAUGUACAAUUUUGGUAUAAGGUAUUGUGUAAAUUAAUCUCUGCUGGCAUUUAGUAUGUUUAUUAUUAAAUGCAAUAAUGGCGGUGUUCGUUCA